GGUGCCAACCCUCCAUCAGACCGUGGGGGGUCCUCACUGGGCUGCUGGUCUGUCUCAGCAGGUCCAGGACAACAGCAUCUGACAUAACGUCACCAGCACAGAGGGGCUGUGUUGUUUUGGACUUUCACUAUUCACACCCAGAAAUAUUCCAUGACUCCCUGUAGGUGGAUUAAAGGCAGAGUCCAGUGUGGGAUUAAAGGAUCAGAGUGUUGCUGUGUCCUGUUCACUGCAGGUGGUUUCACCCUCUGCACCCCGAAGCUGGAAGCUGCACGUUUUUAAUUUUACCACUUGUUAAAAGAUAAUAGUAUAUUUUAAUUGUUAAUUUUAGAUUUAUAUGAAAUCAAAUGAAUGGAAGAUAUGUUUUUUUAUAGAGAUGGACUUCCUGUUUAUUUGUUUGGUUCAUUUCAAUGUGUAUCUGUUACGUUUCCACAGGGAGAAGCGACGAUCCAGUACAACAAGCUGCAGGCAGACCCCAAGCAGGGCAAGUCUCUGGACAUAGUGCUGAAAAAGGUCAAACACCGGCUGGUGGAGAACAUGAGCUCAGGCACAGCUGAUGCUCUCGGGCUCAGCAGAGCUAUUCUGUGCAACGAUGGACUGGUCAAAAGACUGGAAGAGCUGGAGAAAACAGCCGAGCUUUACAAAGGUGACAAAGCAUUUCCUUCAGUAAACUGAAGUCUUGUUGUUUAGUGUGAUAACAACAAUAA